GCUCCGUUGCUAAGAUACUGUAGGAGUUUCCGGUAAACGUCCCUUGAAGUUAGUGGAGGAAACAAAGGCGUUAACGUACCGCCAGCCGAACCAGAGGGUUCGGAUGGAACCAGAACUUUAGUUUGUUCCGGAUUCUCCUCAGACCGGAACCGGUUCUUUUUUCCGUUCCUUCGGUUACAUCCCGGUAACUCUAGAACAGUGUUAGCUUAGCCUCCGUUCUUCACAGCCGAACCGGCGGCCAGAGGUUCUGCAGGUGAACCCGAAUCCGGGUCCAUGGAGCGAACCGAGCGGACCCGAGGGCCCAGACUGCUGCGGAACCAGCCGUACGACGAGAGCCUGGAGGUGGCCGGAGAUCAUCGGAACCUCUGCAGCCCGGAGCCCGGAACACCGCGACAGUCAGAGCUGGGUCCUCAGCGGCGGGUCCGCAGCCUGAUGUCGGCCUGCAGCAGCAGUGAGGAGUUCGACGAGGAGCCGCGACCCCAUAGGGCCGCAGAACCGGCAGCCAGAACCCGCCCGGGAGCCAGUCCCAACGAGGAGGAGGAGGAGGAGGAGGAGGAGGAGUCUGAGUCCGAGGACUCUGAUGAAGACGAAGACGAAGAGUCCUCGCAGGCGCUGGAGUACGACCCGGCGGACUACACCAACCUGCCCGUCAGCACCGACAUCCGGGAGCUGUUCCAGUACAUCACACGGUACACUCCUCAGAGCGUCGACCUGGAGCUCCGCCUCAAACCGUUUAUCCCAGACUUCAUCCCGGCGGUCGGCGACAUCGACGCCUUCCUGAAGGUACCACGGCCGGAUGGGAAACCGGACUCUCUGGGUCUUCUGCUUCUUGAUGAACCCAGUGUUAAGCAGUCGGACCCGACGGUUCUGACGCUGCGGCUGUCUGAGGAGAGCAAGCAACAGGGAACCGAUCAGAUGCAGACGGUGGCGAGCGUGUCCAGCCCCCACACCAACCCCCGGGCCGUGGACAGCUGGGUGGACAGCAUCAGCGCCCUGCACCGCUCCAAGCCCCCCGCCAGCGUGCACUACAGCCGGCCCCUCCCCGACAUCGACAGCCUGAUGCAGGAGUGGCCCCCCGAGAUGGAGGAGCUGCUGGGGCGCCUGCGCCCGCCCCCCGCCCGCCUGUCCUGCAGCCUGGAGGAGUACGUGGACGUGGCGUGCGGCCUGCUGGACAUCCCCGUGUCCGGCAGCAGGAUCCAGUCCCUGCACCUGCUGUUCAGCCUCUACCUGGAGUUCAGGGACUCGCUGCACUUCACCAGCAGGGAGUGACGGGGCGGGGCCAGGAGUGGGCGGGGCCUCCUCUGUCUUCUUCUUCGUGACUGGUGGAAACCCCCACCUGUGAGUUCUGGCACCUGUGACCCGGUUUGACCAGAACCUGCUCUUGUUUCCGUCUGGAUCUUGAUGUUCUGCUGAAUAAACAGAGUGUUGUCUUCAGA